UGAAAGGGGGACAUCGACUCUGGCCCGCACUGGUGAAGUGGAGCUUUGAAGACUUAACUGGGGACUCUGGACACUAAGUUGGCUGUGUGGAACCGGUCUCUUCUUGGGAAGAGGACCGCAAGUUCGUCCUGCGAGCUUGGUGUCUCGUCUUCAUCGUCCUGGCAACCAUGAUGCUGCUCAGUGUGUUGGACGGGCGUAUGGCCUACCUGUACGGCUCCUACACUGGCUACGUGGGCUUCUGGACCAACUGCAGGAAGCACAUGUGUGCUGACCUGCACCAAGUCACUGGCUUCCUGUGUGCUGGGCCCUCAGGCAAGCUGUGCUGUAUAGCGGCAGAGGGGCUGUCUGCAGCUUCUGGGGUCCCAUUUUGUUUUUCCUGUAAACAACCAUGGAGAAAAGAAAUUCUCAUCCACAUGAGCAUGGGCUUCAUGAUCCUGGCCAUGAUCCUGUCUCUAGUCCUCCUCUUUGCCAUGGGCUUCUCCUUCCGGCCAGCGCUCCGCCGUCUUAACAAGACUGACCUCGUCUUCAGUACCCUCGGCUCCUUCACUGGGCUCCUGAUUCUCCUCAGCCUGACGCUCUUUAUAGCCAACUGCGAGAUGCUCCAACCGAGGCCACACGUAUCCUACCUGGUGACUACCUACCUGAGCUGGGGUGCCGGCGCCUUGAUGCUGUGGGCCGGAAUCCUGAGCUACUUAAACUACAUGGGCAUGUGGGGCAAAGGGACGCCCUCCAUGGAACGGCGGAUGAGCUACCGCCGGUGGGCCUCGCUGCAGAGCACCCGGAAGUCCAUAUCCGAACCGCCAUCGGAUGCAGGGUCCAAGCACACCGAAGACCUGUCCGUUUAAGAGCCUGCCCCCCGCCCCGCCCCGCCCCCCCCAGCCUCGUCCAAGCCUCUCGAAGCCAGCGGCACCCGAGCUUCUCAGGACACUGACGCGUAACUGCCGCCAGGUGCCGGACCACCCCUUUCACCUUGGCCUUCCCGCCCAGCGAGUCUCUCCCUGCCCCCACCCCGGAAGUACGACGCCGGCCCCUCGCUUUCUGCUAGCCCAAUCGGUGUGGCCCCGCCCUCGAGUCUGGCGAGGCCCCGCCCCCGACCCUGGCGAAGCCCCGCCCCCAACUCUAGCGAAGCCCUGCCCCCGUGUGUCUAGCUCUCACUGACGGUGGCCCGAAGCCUCACUCCAUUAUAGGCAUUCCUACCCCUCCGAGGGCCAGCACUGGCCCAGAACGUCCAGUCUGGCCCCCCGGACCGACAUGACACUGCCCAGCGUUGGAUGUCGCCCCGCUCCUCGGUGGAACAGGCCCUACCCUGGGGGGGCGUGGCUUGCAAUUCCAUUUCCACCCUCCUUCACGUUCCUGGCUUUCCCAGCCACCAAUAAAACGUGGGUUCCUUU